AUGAGCUAUCGCCCGGUCAGCGGCCUGUCGGAUGUUGAUAGCAUAGCCAGCGAUGCCGACGACGAGGAUGCGUUAUUCGGGCCCGCGUCCAAUGCAGAGUUUCGCAGAAUGCAGGCCCACGACGAGCACCGCCGGAGGACCCAGGUGUUGAUGCUAUUGCCGCUGGACGACGUAUACUUCAACACCCCAGAGCACGAGGCGAGCGCAGUCAAGCUACAAGCGUGGUGGAGGAGCAUAAUGGCCCAGAGACAGUACAUGCGCAUGCGCAGCAGCGCUUUAUUAAUACAGCGGAUCGCCCGUGGUGCGCUUGCACGUCGCACAUUCCGCCGCCGCCGCCACGAAUUGCAGCAGCUGGCAUUCAAGGGCUCGGUCAGUGCGCGUCGCCGCAAGGACCAGGGGUGGGUGCCACCGCCACUGGCCUAUUCGCGGUCCGAGCCGCCAUUGUCGCGGUCCGAGCCAAUGAUCUCCUCACCACCGGCCUUCGCCGCCUCCAACGCAUCUGCCGCUACAAUCGAGACCACCAAGGUCCGUCGCGGCCGGUCCAUUCGCAACUGGUUCCAGCGGUCAUCGCCACCUAGCGACACCAGCGACAAUGCCCGCCCAAUUCACAACAGCAACCACCAUCACCAUCCACAGGUAAAUACCACACACCACCGGUCAUCCACAAAUCGCGCCACGCGAUUGAUUUCCCGCAUCUUCUCCACACUAACUCCCAGCAGGCGCUCCUCCGCCAACCAUGCUGCCACCACUGUCAAUAUUGUUGUUCAUGCCGCUGCCGAGGCCGCCGCCACUGUGCUUGACCGCCCCGCCUCCCGGCCCAUUUCCAAACAGCAGAAGAAGCACCUGAAACGUGCCCGCCGCUACCUGCUGCUCUUGGGCACGCGCCUGGCUGCGCUGUCGCCGCGCAGCCAGCGCAGCAUGGUUGUGUGCUCGGCUGCCGGCGGCAUGUUAAGCCAGUCACUUUUGUCAGUCAAUGAUCCUUCCUUGGUGUCAAUCAGCAACAGCCCGCGCCUGAGCAUCCAUCUGUCCAAAGACACCCUCCAUUUGCACCACUCCCAAUCUACCCAGCUCUUCCCCGCAUCCACAGCCACCAUUCCACUCUCCACCCUAUUAACCCAACCACCAAACUCCACCCCACAGCAGCCCGACACCGACCCGCCAGCGUCUCCGACGACACUCAAGCCCAAACGCUCGAUUCUCCGCGCCAAAAUCGGCCUACUGGGCAGGCAGUCGCCAAGAUCGCCGGAACAUGCACCUAUGAGUGCCCCUGCGGAACGCGUCCCGAUGGUCACUGCGCGCGUCUACCCGGUCGUCGAAAUCGACAAGCGGUCGGAGGAAAUCAGCCUGCCACAAUCCCCGCCAAUGUCUAUACGGUCUGUGCAGGUUGCUGCAAAGCCCCACAUGAUGCCACCGGUACACCAGCCAACCGACCACAACGACAUGCAUUCCGGAAACUCUGCACGGCCACUGCACGUCCAUGGAUUCCAGAAGACCCGGGUGCAGCCGCCAAUACAGCCAGUCCAUAGCACGCAGUCGGACGAGGACCCGCUGGAGCAAGGCAGCAGCAGGAUCGCCGUCGACAGCAGCGAGGAGAGCGAGACAUGUAACGCAACCCACGGCACCACAGUGGACUCGUCGAUGCCGUUCAUUCCGCUAAAGUCCAGCACACCAAAUGUAGAGGCAGCUGAUAUGGCAGACAAGUCGGAGGACGAUGACAUGCCGUUGGGCGAGCUUGCACGCAGCAGCAACGAGUCCAGCGCGGUCUCGCCCAUGGCCAUCGACGAAGAGUCGGCAGAGAAUGGCCCAGAGACGCCUGUCCGGCAGGCACGCAAAAUAACCGAUGCCAAUCUGGUCAGCGACAUGGAUUUCAAAGACAGCCCGGCCACUGCCUCGCCGACAAUCGCGCAUAUCGACAGCCUGUUCCUGAUGGCCGACGAAAACAUGGCCGCUGCGCAGCAGGUGCAAAUGAAGCACGAUGGCGAGGAGCUUUCGCCGCGGCUGUCACUGCGGCUAUCGGCCAAUGCAUCGACGUUCAACAAUUUCAACAUCUCUGCCUUUGCGCCUUCCACUGAACCCAUUAUUGAGAGCGCCGAGGCUUCGCUGCAAGACUCUGAGGACAGACCGCGCGCAGCCCCUGCGUCCACAGUCGGCCCAGAACCCAAAUCCGCAGAGAACGACACGAACAGCAUGGCAUCAGUAGCAUCGAAGCCAGUGGACGCAGAGGAGAACCAGGAGGAAAAAGAGGAGACCCCGGCGCUGGCACGGCUGCGGUCGCUGCGGGCACGUCGUCUGGGCCAGGCAGUCACCACAAGCACAGCAGCUGAUGCAGAGACUUCCGGCAGCCGGCGGUUCCGUGCCACACAGACCCUGCCAAAGGCCAAGCACGUAGUCCAGAAGCCGCUGUCGAAAAUGGGGCCCCUGCAGCUGGACCGGCUGACGAAACUCAACACCAGGCGCAACUCGACGUACCUUACAUGCAAGAUCGAGAAAUACACCGUCGAAAAGGAGGGCGACCGGCCGCCGUCACCCUCGUCGAUGAUGCAGGAGCGCGCGCUGCUGCGACGUGUGGCACGCGGUGAGAUCAACGAGGACGGCGACUAUGUUUAUGCCAGCGGCUUGGACGACGACGACUCGGCGAGCGACGUGUCCAUGGCCAGCGCAGAGCUGCCAGACGACACAGUGGGACUGGGCGUGGCCAAUCUGCCGAUUGCCGCCAAUGCCGCGAUCCACGAGCUGGUCGAGACCCGCCCAUUGACGCCUGCCGACGACCUGUCCGACACUGACAUGGCAGCUAUGCCGGGCUCCAGCAGGGCACUACUGGAGGGGUUCCAAGAGGCUGGGCCUGUGGAACCCAGCGACAGCAGCGAUGCACAUGACGGCAGCAAGCGCAAAUCAAUCGAACUGCCGCGCCUGCCGUCGGUCGAUGUGGGCAGCAAGAAGCAGCGCCGGCGGCAGCGCAUCCAGUGGGGAAGCUGCGAUACCCUCACGGCCACACGUCUGCUCGGCCGCCUGCCGGUACCCAAUGCCCUAGGUGAGUACGCGGGAAUGCCCGGCAAGCCCAUUUUAUUGCGCGACGUGCCCGUCCCCGACGACCCCGAGACCAACCAGCCCUCGAGCAAGCGUGUGCCUGCCAGCAAUAACCUGAAAGUCGUCCGUGUCGCCUGCAUCACAUAUCCAAAUAGCACCAACCCCGAGGAAUUUGACUCGGACGAGUCCGACGAGGACCUCAUGGAUGACGACGAAGAGUAUGUGCCGAGGCGAUCGGCGAGCCGCAAAAAAUAA